CAUACGUAACGGUUUAUGUAGGUUAUAGAUGCCAAUUCGGAAACAAAUUGAACCUGGUUUGUGAAGCGUUUAUUAUUUUGAAAUACGUAACCGGAAAUUGGUUUAUGUUUUCUUAAAUACACGCUAACAUGACUUUCCUGGUGUCAUAGUCCAAUUCUGGCAGGUUUUCUGUUACGUACUGCUUUUUAUGGACUCAAACAUCGGUCAGAAAUGCCUCUUUUUUAAAAAUAUUAUGACUAAUAUUAGCCGGGCUAAUUAAUGCCUCCUGCUGAAGUGUUAUUUUUGAGGGGCUAAAGUUAUCUGCAAAGUGGAGCUAGCUUCCAGGAGCUUUACGGAAGAGCCUCUGCGGGCAGGCUAGUUCACUGACCCUCGCCUACAUGGCGACUUGGACGCCGUCAUAACUUUCUGCGGGUCACUUGAUCGGCUAAAAUGUCACAUAUUGACUCGGACGAGACCGCUCCGCUGCUCCGGGACGAUGCAAGCAGCAGUGAAGACUCCCAGGAUGAGGACUACGGGAGCCGGUGGAGGUCCAUCCGGGUCAUGUACUUCACUAUGUUCCUCAGCAGUGUAGGUUUCACCAUCGUCAUCACAUCACUAUGGCCCUACCUGGAAAAGGUGGACAGCAGCGCGGACGCCAGCUUCCUGGGCUGGAUGGUUGCCGCCUACAGUCUGGGCCAGAUGGUGGCGUCGCCUCUGUUCGGCCUGUGGUCUAACCGCCGGCCCUACAGGGAGCCGCUGGUGUGCUCCAUCUCCAUCAACCUGGCGGCCAAUAUCUACUACGCCUACGCGUACCUGCCGAGGAGCAACAACAAGUACCACAUGCUCAUGUCCAGAGUGUUGGUCGGCUUCGGAGCAGGUAACGUUGCAGUGGCGCGGUCCUAUAUCGCCGGAGCCACAUCUCUGAAGGAAAGGACCGGAGCCAUGGCGAACAUGAGCGCCAGUCAGGCUCUGGGCUUUAUCCUCGGACCAGCUCUGCAGGCGGGCCUGUCCUUCAUCGGGGAAACCGGCGUCACGGUGAAAUUCCUGGAGCUGCAGCUCAACAUGUACACCACGCCGGCGCUGCUGGCUGCAGCGUGUGGCAUCGUCAACAUCCUGCUGGUUCUGCUGGUGCUCAGAGAACAUCACGUGGAUGAAGACGGAAACCACGUCAGAUCUAUCAACUACACCUCCGAGGAGAGAGUUGAUAUCCAGGAUGAAGAGGUGGAAACGGUCGACCAGUGUGCCGUCUUGACCUCCAACAUUUUGUUCUUCGUCGUCAUGUUCAUCUUCGCUGUGUUUGAGACGAUCGCCACCCCGCUGUCCAUGGACAUGUUCGCCUGGACGAGGAAAGAGGCCGUGCUCUACAACGGCAUCAUUAUGGUCGGCAUCGGCUUUCAGUCCAUCCUGGUGUUUCUGGUGGUCAAAGUAGCCGCUUUGAGGUUUGGGGAUCGCCCCGUGUUGCUUGCAGGCUUUUUCAUCGUAUUCUGUGGCUUCCUUAUGCUGCUUCCCUGGGGAAAUCACUUCCCUAAAAUCCAGUGGGCAGACCUGAAGAACAACUCGUUAACCAGUCUGAUGUCUUUGGGCCCGUCACCUGCCAAUGGCACCUUGGAGCCUACAGGCUGCCCCUACGUGCAGACCUGGUGUCAGUACACGCCUGCUAUUUACCUCGCUCAGUACAUCACCUCAGACUUCCUCAUCGGGGUGGGUUACCCAGCCUGUAACGUCAUGUCCUACACGCUUUAUUCCAAAGUCCUUGGACCAAAACCUCAGGGUGUCUACAUGGGCUGGUUGACCGCCUCGGGGAGCGGGGCGCGAACGCUGGGCCCCGUCUUCGUCUCCAACGUCUACACCCACCUGGGACCUCGCUGGGCCUUCAGCCUCAUCUGCGGCAUGGUGAUGGGGGCCAUGAUCCUCCUGGCCGCGGCCUACCGCCGAUUCGUCGCCUUCUCUGUUCGACACGGAAGAGUCGUGGAGUAGCGGAUCGCACCGUGGAGACCAGGAGCAGGAGAUGACUCCUGGUUUAUUUGUCCAGACAGUCCGCUAAGACAGAACCUCGUUGCUGCUUCUUGUUUUAAUUGAGGGGACUGAUCAAUUACUAGUUUCGAACUCAGGGUUUUUAGUCCUAAAGUGAUUUUGGUUGUUCCUCAUGAAAUGACCCGAGGCAGAUCCACAGAGGGAGUCGUGGUUGCACCUGAAUCUGCAGCCAUCUUAAUUUGUCUUUGUUUUUUGUUUUUUUGAGGGUGCACAAAUUUGGUUUCUUGAUUUCUAUCAAGAAUUUCCAGUGAUGAACUGUGACAAUAAAUACUGAUGUUGUUCUUUUGCUAAUAAUUUUAAUAGCUUUACUCGUAGUUGUUUAAAACUAUGGGAGCGUUGUCAUUCCUAAAUUAGUCAGAAACUGAUAUCUGGGGGUGUUUACAAUAAAAUGAACUGAAUUAUGCAAUAAUUUUUA